CGGUGAAUCAAGGCAGGAAGCCAGCGAGCCGCGGCACGGCAGUAGCCUGUGUGUAGCCGUGAGGAUUCCGCCGUGUUGUCGCUGCUCAGGCCCGCUCAGGACGCUCACACGGCCUGCAAACUGCGGAAAAACCUCACGGAGAGAGCCCUGAUUUCUCUCCUGGUCAGGGUCUUACCAGCGGGACCGUCCCGGGAAAGUUUCGGGGGAAACUCCGCCUGACCACCGCCGGCAGGGCUCCGUCACCUCGGCCGGCUGGCCUUACGACGCUUGGAGAGCGGGUUAUUUAAGCCACAAUCAGAGUGUCGCUAUUUAUUGAGGCGUUCCGCCGCCGCUGGUUUUUUCUCCCGGCGCCGACAAAGGCGUGACUCCCCGCCGGGUGAUUUGUGCGGGUUUCCUCGGCAGGACCCGUUCCCGUGGCCCGCCGACGUGAGCGGGAGGACCCCGGGGAUCCGGACGCAGCGCCGCGGGCAGACCGGCCCGCCGUGUUUUGUAAACAGAUCUGCGGAAAGGCGAGUCUGUGUGUGUGUGAGACCAACAGGACGCCGCCCACUGUUUGUAGUGUCCGCCCGCCCGACCGCCGCUACGCCAUGUCAGAAGCUGCGCUCAACCUCUCCAAGGCGGAGCCCAAGAAGUCUCGAAGAGACGAGGAGAAGGAGGCGAGGAAGAUGAGGAGUAAGGAGCACACUAAAGACGACGCCGACGUCGCGACGAAACCCGCGUCCGACUCCAAACCUGGGAAGGAGAGCGCCGCGUCAGAACCCAAGCCUGGGAAGGAGAACUCCGCCUUAGAAGCCAACAACCACAGCUCCUCCAAGACGCUGCCCGCAGGCGGCACGGACUUCCUUAAAGACGUGUCAUCAGGUGUUAAGUCGGAGAAGACAGACGGGUACCACCACGCAGCGGAGUACCACGAGUCCGCGCCCGGUCCUGCCAUGCACCUCCCCCCGCUGCACCCCACCGCCAUCCCCGGCCUCCCGGGGUACGGGCACCUCGGGUACGGGCUCUUCCCCGGCCUGCACCCCGCCCCCCGCCCGGAGGAAGCGCUGGCAGGGUGUGAGGACGUGGAGAUCCUGUACGACAGCGGUGAGCCCGUGAUAGAAGUGGAGUGUGGUGAGAACAAGGCUUUCCUCUACAUCAACAAGCUGUGUCAGGGAAGCAAGGGCCCCUCCAUCCGCCUCAACUCCGAGAUGCUCACGCCAAACGAGUUCCAGUUCAUCUCGGGACGGGAGACCGCCAAGGACUGGAAAAGGAGCAUCCGACACAAGGGCAAGAGUCUCAAGACGCUCAUGGCCAAGGGCAUCCUCCAGGUGCACCCGCCCAUCUGCGACUGUCCCGGCUGCCGCAUCUCAUCACCUGUGGCUGCUAUGUUGCAGAACCGCGGGAGACUGGUGGACAAGCGCGGCGGGCCCGUCUCAGCGCGCAGGCGCGAAGGGAACCAGUCGGAUGAUGGAGAGAACGCGGGAGAGGCAGAUGAAGAACAGGGGCCGUCCUCCGGGAAGAAAAGCAACCUCUCGUCCAUCAUCUCGCACCUGUACUGCAGCGCCAGCAGCGCUAGCGGCGGGAGUGGUACUGCAGGGGACCGGGUGGCGGCCUCAUCGCCCAACGGCAGCUCAUCAGGCGAGACGAACGGGCUGGAGGGGCUGGGUCUGCGCGGCGUGCAGGGGAGGAAGCGGGGGCGAGGGCGGGCCGGCAGCGCAGAGAGACGCGAGGCCGCCGGGCACACCAAGCGGAGGCGGAGCGCGUCGCCGCCGAGGGACGACUCCCCUCCCACCCACGGAGAGGACACCUCCGCCGCGGCCUACCUGAGCUCGGACUACCGGCAGCGCCUCCUGUCGGCGCUCAACAACGAGCAGGGAACGUACGAGGAGCAGCAGCAGCGCAUCUACCAGCUCGCCAACUCCGUGGAGCCGGACAGGGGCGCGCAGGAAAACUCUGGCCCGAAGGAGAACGGUGUGUGCAGCCGGCGGUCCAGCCCCGGGUCCCCGGCGGCAGGAGACGGGCCUGACCGGGGGCACAGCCCGAACCCCGCCCGGCACAGCCCGCACAAGCCGCCGCUGCCGCCGCACAUGGACCCCGGGGCGAUCCCGCGGGAAUACCUGGAGAACGGCGGGCACUUCUUCAGCCCGCACACGCCGCACAUCGCUCUGGGAGCGCACCUCAGACCGCCGUUCCUGGGGUUUCCUCACCUGCUGAGCCCGGCACACCUGGGCUACACCUUCCUGCGGCCAGGUGAGACCACGCCUCAGGAGCUGCUGGCCAGGCAGAACGACCUGCUCAGGAAAAGGUACGCUGACCAGAUGAACACGGAGAUCCUGUUACGUCAGCAGGAGGCGUUCCGGCGCUACGCGUCCCUGUCCCGCGAGCAGCAGCGCCGCCUUGCGGGGGAGCCGCUCAGCGCAGUGCCGGGCGUGCUGACCCCUGACCCGCACCUGAUGCACCCUGGGUACGCCGCCGACGCGCCGCUCCUCUACCCCAGCGAGCAGGCCCGCAGGAACGCCAUGUUGGUUCUACGUCACGCGCCAGAAGUCUCGCUCCCACAGGAACUCUCGCCCACCCACUCUCGCGAGAGGUCGAGCCCUCCCGCCAAACCGCACGACGCACCAUCACACACCGAGUCUGACAGCUCUGAGAGAGAAAAUGUUACCAAAGAUGACAGAGAAACGGAAACACCUGAAGAAGGGCCAACAGUCAACGGAGACGUUCCCCAAGACGCUGUUCCAAGACGCCCAGAGUCGCCAAGUGAAAGUAAAGACAGUGAAAUGGAAAGUCAGCCGGAGAGGCCUAGCAGCCGAGACAGCAACGCCAGCUCCAACAACAACGACUGCACCUGCAGGGGCGUGGCCUGUUGCCGUGACAACAACAUCCGGGAACCUGAGGAGACCAUUGCCAGCUGGACGGUUGAUGACGUGUUUCAGUUUAUCAAGUCUCUCAGCGGCUGUUCGGAGUAUGCGCAGGCGUUUAAGGACCAGGCUAUAGACGGGGAGACGCUGCCGAUGCUACACGAGGAACUUCUGCAGAACCAGCUGGGCAUGAAGCUGGGACCCGCGCUCAAGAUUCGUGCACAGGUUGCUAAGCGACAAGGCCGGUGUUCUAUCUGCUUUCACUGCCUGCACUGCCACAAGGGACAGAACAGCGUGACGUCAGAGGACCCCCCACAGAGCCCCUCACCCGCAGCGUCCUGCAGUUGAAACCUGAACUGCAAGGUGUCGCCACUGAUGGAGCCAAACCUGAA